GGCCAAGAGCGUCGGCUUGUGCACCACAAAGAUACUCCAUGGCUGGUUCUUCUUCAAGGCGGUUGAAGCGGCUUAGGAGGAGUUCGUUUGGUGUUGUUCCAGGGAACAUUGAUCAAGGUAAUCAAAAUGGGAUGGUGGAUAGUCCGUCCUCUGACGAUUUUGUAACUCCCCCGGUGGUGUUGCCCCCUCGUGCCCAACUAGACCCUCCAUUGGAUGAUUCUAAUGAUGGGCUUGGGGGUGAAGAGGUAGACUUGUUUCCCCCCUUGAAGAUCCGUGGCAAACAUAAGUAUUUAGUCUCACCCAUUAAGCGGUUUAAUGCGUGCCAAAAGAGAGCUGUGCCUGAGAUUGGACUCGGUGAUAUCUUAGACUUACAAGUUGAUGAUAUUCCAAAGUUCAUGGGUAGGUGGGUGCUGAGUAAUUUUGACCCAUAGAACAAACUAAAUACUUUUUCAUUAUAGCACCGUAUUUGUUCUUUUUAUCUGUACUCCGG